CCGACCAGAUUCCAUGCAGCCUCAGCCCACCGCUUGAUUCACUUGUUAAGCGAGGCGGGAGGAGUAGCAUGUUAACUCUUCACUGCUGAUGUUAGCUUCAUUAGCAGCUUCGAGUCGUGAGAGGGGGUAGGGCCUCCAAAAUGGGUCACCGAUAAGAACGUCGUAUGGGAGUUUUAACGUGUUGCUGGACGAGUUGGACAUCGCUACCAGUCUUCUCGCGGCUUGCUCAUUCAUUCAAGUCACCCGUUUUGACCGUGGCUUCGUUUGAAAGCUUAAAGCGAGCUAUCGGUUUAGCAGAUUGAUUUACCAUGGCGGUUUAAACUGAUAGUGUAAGCGAAGAGACUUCACACAGGUUAGUGGGCAGUCUGCCCCUGGGAAUGUAGGUGAACGGUCACGAGAAGUGAAGUCCGUGGAGGCCCGAUAAAACCUUUUUCUUCCUAUUAGAGUGUCACUGAACAUCAAGUGCAAUGUCUUUGGUUUUCACCCGACCCAACAGCAACGCUAUUGGCAAGAAGGACAAGAGAUUAAUGGCUGAGGUGAACGCAUCGCCGCUCAAGCACUUUGUGACGGCCAAGAAGAAGAUCAAUGGCAUCUUCGAGCAGCUGGGAGCCUACAUCAAGGAGAGCUCCGCCUUCUUGGAGGAGACGUACAAGAAUGACGAGCUGGACCCGGUCACCACGGAGGAGCAGGUGGCAGAGGUGCGGGGUUACCUGUCCAAGGUGGCAGGCAUCGGGGAGGUGCUGGCCCGCAGGCACAUGAAGGUCACCUUCUUUGGCAGGACGAGCAACGGUAAGAGUUCAGUGAUCAACGCCAUGCUGUGGGACAAGGUGCUUCCCUCGGGGAUCGGUCACACCACCAACUGCUUCCUACGGGUGGAAGGCACCGAUGGCAACGAGUCCUUCCUGCUCACAGAGGGUUCCGAGGAGAAGAAGAGUAUCAAGACGGUGAACCAGCUGGCUCAUGCGCUGCAUCAGGAUGAGGAUCUGGAUGCGGGCAGUUUGGUGUGUGUGAUGUGGCCCAAAGGCAAGUGUGCGCUGCUCAGAGAUGACCUGGUGCUGGUGGACAGCCCUGGUAUUGACGUCACCACUGAGCUUGAUAGCUGGAUAGACAAGUUCUGCCUGGACGCUGACGUCUUUGUGCUGGUGGCCAACUCAGAGUCCACCCUCAUGCAGACCGAGAAGUCCUUCUUCCACAAGGUGAAUGAGCGACUGUCCAGCCCCAAUAUCUUCAUCCUCAACAACCGCUGGGAUGCCUCAGCUUCUGAACCAGAGUACAUGGAGGAGGUGCGGAGGCAGCAUAUGGAGCGCUGCACCAGUUUCCUGGUGGACGAGCUGAAGGUGGUGGACCGGGCUCAGGCCAGCGACCGCAUCUUCUUCGUCUCCGCCAAGGAGGUCCUGCAGGCCCGGGUGCAGAAAGCACAGGGCAUGCCUGAAGCAGGUGGCGCUCUUGCUGAAGGCUUCCAGGCCAGGAUGUUUGAGUUCCAGAACUUUGAGAGGCGCUUUGAGGAGUGUAUCUCCCAGUCUGCAGUGAAGACUAAGUUUGAGCAGCACACGGUGCGGGCCAAGCAGAUCUCCGAGGCCCUGCGGCUCAUCAUGGACUCAGUGCACGUGGCAGCCCAGGAACAGAGGAUCCACUGCUUGGAGACCAAGGAGGAGAGAGAGGACCGACUGGAGUUCAUAGACAAGCAGCUGGACCUCCUCACUCAGGACUGCAAGAACAAGAUCAAGAAGAUCACUGAUGAAGUGGAGAAACAGGUGUCCAACGCCAUGGCGGAGGAGAUCAGGCGUCUCUAUGUGCUGGUGGACGAGUUUCACAUCGACUUCCAUCCCUCCUCUGUGGUGCUGAAGGUCUACAAGAACGAGCUGCAUCGGCACAUUGAGGAAGGCCUGGGCAGAAACAUGUCCGAGAGAUGUACCACUGCCAUCACCAGUGCCCUUCAGACCACACAGACCGAGAUGAUAGACGGUCUGAAGCCGCUGCUGCCUGUGCAGGUGCGCGAGCAGGUGGACAAGCUGGCGCCGCGCCAGUGCUUCAGCCUGUGCUACGACCUCAACUGCGACAAGCUGUGCGGGGACUUCCAGGAGGACAUCGGCUUCCACUUCUCCCUGGGCUGGACCAUGCUGGUCAACCGCUUCCUUGGGCCCAAGAACACACGCCGGGCACUCAUGGGCUACAACGACCAGGUUCCACGGCCCCUGGCCAUCACCCCGGUCAGCACCAGCAUGCCCCCCUUCCCCCAGGGCUCCGUCACCCAGGAGGAGCUCAUGGUCUCCAUGGUAACCGGCCUGGCAUCGCUGACCUCGCGCACCUCUAUGGGCAUCAUUGUGGUUGGAGGCGUGAUCUGGAAGGCGGUGGGCUGGCGUCUCAUCGCUCUGUCGGUGGGCCUGUACGGGCUGCUGUAUGUGUACGAGCGCCUGACCUGGACCACCAAGGCCAAGGAGCGCGCCUUCAAGAGGCAGUUUGUGGAGUACGCCAGCGAGAAGCUCCAGCUCAUCGUCAGCUACACAGGGUCCAACUGCAGCCACCAGGUCCAGCAGGAGCUUGCGAGCACCUUUGCCCAGCUGUGUCAGCAGGUUGAUGUGACGAGGCAGAAUCUGGAAGAUGAGAUUCAGGACAUGAACAACAAGAUCGAGCAGCUGGACACCUUGCAGAGCAAAGCCAAGCUGCUGAGGAAUAAAGCGGGCUGGUUGGACAGUGAGCUCAACAUGUUUACCCAGCAGUACCUGCAGCAGGGGCGAUAAGAAGAGACCGAAGAUUAAACGAGGGAUGAAGAAGGAGGAAGAUGAUUUGUGAGGGGGGGGUGAGAGAGAGAGCGAGCGAGAGAGAGAGACAGACAGACAAUGCCCAAAUGCAGGGUCCUCACGACCACUGCCAGCCCUCUCUCUCUUCCCCCUCUCCUCUCCUCUCCUCUCCUCUCUCUCUCUCUCACUCUCUCUCCUCCCUCUGCCAAGUCUCCACCGUCUGCUGUAUAAGAUGGACUCCUCUUAGCCAUGCUUGUUUUAGAAGAGGGCGUUAACCCUCGCUCUGCCAUGAGACGCAUCUGUUCACCUCUCCGCCUGCCUCUCCGCCUGGAUGGAUGAAUGAUCUUCACUUUUCACGCGUUUGGGUUCUGCCUUUGGGAUGCGAGUAGGAGAGAGCACCCCCUAGUGUGUAGGAUGACCCGGCCAUUUUUAUUGUGGCGCUUAUCUUCCUCGUUGGUGUUACCUGUUAAGAACACGGAAAUUCAUAGCUGUAUAUGGAAGGCCUGUGCUAAUAAUAAUGAUAAUAAUAAUGGUAAUAAUUUAUUUGAUUAUUAUUUUAUGGUAACACCAUGUCACUUUGAGCUAUGCGUAUAUGUGUUUAGGAUGUGGUCUCAUAACUCACAGGGUUAGUAGGCUUGUGUGUGAGGUAGAGGUUAAAGGUCAUCUGUUGACCCGGUGUAUUGUGCGGAGAGUCUGAAGGGUCCUCUCACUUGUCUUCACUCCUCAGGGCCAUAUCAGGGCCACAUCUGGGCCACAUCUGGGCGUGUCUGCACUAGGGUCCCCUCAGUCUGGGUUGAAAUCGAGCAAGUUACUGUCAGUCACAGUUAGGUAUGGUGAUGCCAGUGUGUGGGUGUGUGUGUGUCUAUGCAAGUAGGCAGUCAAUUCAAAGGUAACCCAACUGUGUGGGACUGUCAGAGAUGUGUAAUAAGUUUGUCUGUAGUAUGUUAUAUGCUUGUUUGUUUUUGUUUGUGUACUGGUGGUGCCCGUGGGUGCUUGUGGCAUUGUAUCACCCUAUUACUGUAUGUGCCCACUUGCAGUUGCAGCCUGUAUCUCUACCCAACUAGAUGGUUGUGUGUGUGUGUGUGUGUGUGUGUGUGUGUGUGUGUGUGUGUGUGUGUGUGUGUGUGUGUGUGUGUGUGUGUGUGUGUGUGUGUGUGUGUGUGUGUGUGAGAUCAGUCCAAUGGUGGCUCAUCAACAUCAUGCUUGUGUGUGUGUGUGGCUACUACAUAACACUGGGAAACAUCAGGGUAAUUGUGGGGCGGUCGGCUUUGCUGUUUCCAGGUUGAGAUCUUGAGCGAACUCAAGCGUGCACUUCUGGUAAAGCCAGGUGAAGGAGUAUGAGGAAGGGAGCAUGAACACAGAGAGACAGAGAGGGCUCAGUGGGACAAUGAACAAUUCCAGUCUCACUUUGGUCCUGUGUUCAGUUGGGCUCUGCGUGUAGACCAGAUAUACUCUUUUUUUUUUUUUUUUUUUUUUUUUUUUUUUAAGGGAAAACAUUGAUGCCACACAUUUGUUAGCGUUUCUUUGUUUUUGUUUGUUUGUUUAUUGUCAAGCAAGCGCCAUCAUGGCCUGAUGUAAUGAAAUGCAAAGUGAAAGAGACCAAGACAAAGAAAAGACCGAAAAAGAAUACAGUUGUGCAAAGUAAAAAAAACGAUAUGAAUUUGACACCCUGAAAAUAUUUAACCUAUUACCCAACAUUCUCAACACCAGUGGAAGAUUUGAAUUAGUUGGAGUUGUCCUUUGUGUGUGUGUGUGUGUGUGUGUGUGUGUGCACGUGAGCGUGCGUGCCUGUUCUGAUGGUGGUUUGCAGUUGUGUGCCAAGAUGUUAAGAAAGUUGUCUGAAGAGGUCUUCAGAAGGAAUAUAUGCACUUUAUUUGUUUUGUGCUGCUUUUAAAAACACUGUCUCAUUUGCCUCUUUAAUUUUUGAGCGUGUGUGUAUUGUUUUUUUUUUCUAAAGUGACGUUGAAAGAUGGAACACUCAGUGCUGUUCAGGUGUGAUGCAGUAAUGUAGAAACACGCAUGCUUUUUCCUCGUCAUAUCCUGUCUUGUCUGAUUGUGAAUGUCCAUAAGUAAUAAAUAAUAAAUACUAAGUUAAGGAACAA